AUGGCGGCCAUGGGCGGGUGGCGGCCCGCGGGCGGGCGGCGGCGGCGGCGGGGCCGGGCCGCGGCGGAGGACGAGGAGGGCAGCGCGGUGCUGCGGAGGCUGCGGGAGGCGCGGGACGAUCUGCUGAGCUCCGGCUUCUGGGCCGCGAGCGCCGGAGCCGUGCGGGCGCCGCUGGGCCGCAGCGCGGAGCCGCCCGCCCGCUGCGUGUGCUACGGGCUGGGCCGGUUCGGAGCGUGCCCCGCGGCCCGGUACCAACUGGCGUUCCUGCUGCUGCUGCUGGAGGAGCUGCGGGUGCCCCCCGGGCAGUGCUCGCUCUUCGACCCCGCGUUCUCCCCCCGGGAGGCGGCUGCGCUGCGGCAGCUCGGGAUGAGGCUGCUCCCGGAGAACGAGGAGGGGAAACACGACGUUGAGGGAUCAGCCACGGUGUUCUACAUGGUGCACUGCGGGAAGGCCCUCUACAACAACCUGCUGUGGAGGAACUGGUCUGCAGAGGCCCUGUCCAAAAUGGUCAUCAUCGGGAACAGCUUCCGAGGGAUGGAGGAGAGGCUGUUGUCAAGAGUAUUGGAGAGAGAUUAUUCUUAUAUAGCGAAGGUGUUGAAAGGGACAGAGGAAGCGGCACUCCCCGCUCACCCUCGCUACCUGGACACCUUCAAUGACACCUCCGUCCACUGGUUCCCCCUCCAAAAACUGCAGCAAAUCUCCCCAGAGGUCUGGGACUUCCUGGAGGAGCCAAUGUACCAAGACUGCGAGGACCUGGAGAUCAUCAGGAGGGAGGACGGAGCUGAACGGUGCUGCCCUGCUGCCGCUAAGGCCUGAGUCCCAUGGGCCACAUCUCUGCACAUGGCAGCUUUGCAAUGCAGCUCAAGCACGGACGUGGUGUUGUGCUCUGCCAAGAAGUGGCAUCACCCGAACACUGAGCACGAGGGGACAGUUUUGUAUCUUAUUUAAUAAAAGGUAAAGCUGUGCUUUGA